AUGAAACUCACCGCAGUCGUUCCCUACCUCAUCUACGCCUCCAUCGCCGCCUUCUUCCCCUCUGUCCAUGCCGACAAGAUCCUCCAGUCGUCCUCGCUCAACAGCUGCCUCAAGGACUCCGACUUCUCUGCCAGCCUGUUCAACAUCGUCGUCUCGGCCAACAAUGGCUCCGUCACGGCCAACGUCGCCGCCGUCGUCUCGGUCGAGGGCAAGGCCGUCUUCGACGUCGCCCUCCGCGUCUACGGCUACGAGUACAUCCGCAAGACCAUCGACCCGUGCACCGCCAACCUCCAGGGCCUCUGCCCCAUGAAGCCCGGCAAGAUCGAUAUGGAGUUCUCCUUUGAGCUCGGCGACGCCCUCGACGCCGUCCCCGACAUCGCCUACACCAUCCCCGACCUCGACGCCACCAUCCGCGCCCUCGUCAACCUCACCGACACGGGCGAGACCGUCGCCUGCGUCGAGGCCGACUUCUCCAACGGCAAGACGGUCAACCUCAACGGCGUCAAGUGGGCCACGGCCGUCAUCGCCGGCCUCGGCCUCGGUUCCGCCGGUAUCAUCUCCGCCAUGGGCCACUCCGACGCCGCCGCCCACCUCGCUGCCAACGCCCUCUCCCUGUUCGGCUACUUCCAGGCCCAGGCCUUCCUCGGCCUCAGCGGCGUCGACAUGCCCCCCAUCGUCCAGGGCUGGACCCAGAACUUCCAGUGGUCCAUGGGCAUCGUCCGCCUCGGCUGGAUGCAGACCCUGUGCACCUGGUACCAACGCUCCACCGGCGGCGAGGCCGCCCGCCUGCUCGACGAGGUCCGCUCCGUCUCCGUCCAGGUCUCCAAGACCAAGCGCUCCCUCGACGUCGUCGAGGCUGUGCGCCCCGCCGCCGCCGCCGCCGUCGCCCGCGGCGGCCCCGUCCGUCGUGGCCUCGCGGCCCUCGCCCGCCGCGCCAACAUCAAGCUCGAGAACGGCUCCUUCCUCGUCUUCGGCAUCCAGCGCGUCGCCUUCAAGUCCCGCAUCGAGACCACCAACCUCUUCCUCACCGGCCUCAUCGUCUACUGCGCCUUCGUGCUCUUCACCGUCCUCGGCGUCGCCGCCUUCCGCUACGGCACCGAGAUCGCCGCCAAGAACAACUGGACCAAGCGCGACCGCUUCGCCGAGUUCCGCCGCGACUGGAAGACGACGCUCAAGGGCAUCCUCUUCCGCCUCUGCCUCAUCGGCUUCCCCCAGAUCGCCGUCCUGUGCCUGUGGGAGUUCGUCCAGGCCGACUCGCCCGCCCUCGUCGUCCUCGCCGUCGUCUUCUUCUUCGGCACCAUCUCCACGCUCUUCUGGGCCUCCUUCAAAGUCAUCCGCAUCGCCAAGCAGUCCAUCCUCACCCACCAGAACCCCGCCCACGUCCUGUUCUCCAACCCCGCCAUCAUCAACAAGUGGGGCUUCCUCUACGUCCAGUACCGCGCCUCCGCCUACUACUUCAUCAUCCCCUUCAUCGGCUACAUCUUCAUCAAGGCCGCCGUCGUCGCCUUCGGCCAGGGCUCCGGCCUCGGCCAGGCCAUUGCCCUCAUGCUCACCGAGGCCGCCGCCCUCAUCGGCGUCAGCGUCCUCAAGCCCUACAUGGACAAGCCCACCAACUCGUUCAACAUCUCCAUCUUCGCCAUCAACUUCAUCAACUCCGUCUUUCUCCUCAUCUUCACAAACAUCUUCAACGCCCCCGGCAUCGUCGUCGGCGCCGUCGGCGUCGUCCUGUUCGUCGUCAACGCCUCCUUCGCCCUCGUCCUCCUCCUCAUGGUCAUGGUCUCGAGCAUCCUCGUCUUCUGGCGCGUCAAGGGCCAGCCCACCACGCAGCCCUCCCAGCUCAACGACCCGGCCGUCACCGGCAAGGGCGACCGCACCGAGAACAAGGGCCUCCUCGACCUCGAAGAGGACGACGCCACCAGCAGCCGCAGGGAGUCGCUGCGCUACGGCGAGAAGGCCAUGGAGAGCGGCAUGGCCCAGGGCGCGCCUUACAAGCCGCCCGUCGCCGGCGGCGGGGACAACCACGAGCUCUCGGUGCUCCCGUCCGCCGGCGCCAGGCCCACCGUCAGCCCGUCCGUGCCAAUGUUCCCCGCCGACCCGUCCAUGCGGCCCCGCACUCCCGUCACCGUCACACCGCACACCCAGCCGACAAGUCCCUUCGCCAACCAGAUUGGACAAAAUAUGCACGAGUUCCGGUUACAAAACAAUAACAGUCCAUGGCAACGCGGAGCUGGAUAUGAUGACCAUUAA